AUGAAGAAAAACAAUAGACCACGAUUGCCAGCAGCUGGACCAUCGGAAAAUUUGAGUGAAAUGGAUGAAAUGAUGUUGGAUAGGGCUACAAGAUCGAAAAUACUUGAAAAACAUUCAGAUGCUCAAAAUAUGAAGUUUGUGGAGGGUUUUUUGUUGAAAUUGUUGUCUUGCAAAGGAGUUUCGAAGCAUAUUCAUACUCUGGAGAUAUUGAGAUUAGCAUGUGAGCUUUAGAUUGAAAAUUAUGAAUUCCAAAUUUCAACUUUUUAGUUCUCGCCAAAAAGGUCUUCACACAGCAAGGAAGAUUGAUUGAAGUUGAAGGCCCGAUUCGAAUCUGUGGUGAUAUCCAUGGACAAUAUUCCGAUUUGAUCAGAUUAUUUGAUAAAGGCGGUUUUCCACCAGAUUCAAAUUAUAUUUUCCUCGGAGAUUAUGUUGAUCGCGGUCGCAACAGUCUUGAAGUCUUGUUCUUAUGCCUUGCAUACAAAGUUCGAUAUCCUAAUAACUUUUUCAUGUUACGUGGAAAUCACGAAUGCGCACAUAUCAAUGCUUCUUACGGCUUCAAAGAUGAAGUUUUCAGUCGUCGAACAACAGGCUGUGAAACGAUUUAUGAUGAUUUGACCGAUAUGAUGGAUAUGAUGCCAUUAUCAGGAUUGAUUGGUAGAAAGAUUCUCUGUAUGCACGGUGGAAUAAGUCCGCAUUUGAAAAGUUUGAGCGAUUUGCGAAAUUGCAGAGCGUAAGUUUUUGCAUUUGAAAUUCUCAUCAAAAUUCUGGAAUUUUCAGUCCGUUCACUGGCAGCAAUGAUGAAUUAGAAAUGGAUUUAUUAUGGGCUGAUCCAAUGUGCAAUCAAGAAGGUUUUCUACCAAAUCUUCGUGGUGCAAGUGUUUCAUUUGGCGAAGACAUGGUUCAUAAAGCUUGCAGACAACUUGGAAUCGACUUGAUUGUUCGAGCUCAUCAAGUUGUCCAAGAUGGCUAUGAAUUCUUCGCUGGACGUCGAUGCAUAACUAUCUUUUCUGCUCCAAAUUACUGCGGUCAGUUUGAUAAUAGCUCAGCUGUUUGUGUUGUAUCCGAAGGUCUCGAAGUGUCUUUUGAAGUCUUGAAGCCAGAAACGAUGAAUUUCGAGAAAAUGGAGGCAUCUGUAGCAUCAAUGGAAACUUAA